ACGGCAUGAACCAUGCAAGAUUUGCCCACCUCGCUGACCUCCUCCAUUGCUGCAUCGCCAACCGGUCCCACCUCCACGGCAGAGCCGCCCACGCCCGCAUCCUCUCCGCCGGCCUCUCCGCCGACACCUUCCUCUCCAACCGCCUCAUCGAGCUCUACGCACGGUGCCAUAGCAUUGGCUACGCCGUCAACGUCUUCCGCUCCAUCCCUUGCCCGAAUGUCUUUUCCUGGAAUGCUAUUGUGUCCGCUUGCUCCAAGUCCGGGGAUUUGGAGUUAGCCCAUCAGCUGUUUGUGCAAAUGCCUGACAAGAACGUCGUGUCCUGGAACACCAUGAUUGGCGCCUUGGCGCGCGGUGGGUCCGAGGAGGCAGCGUUGGACUUGUACUCUGUGAUGACUAGGGAAGGAUUCGUCCCGACCAAUUUCACCUUCGCCAGCGUCUUGAGCGCGUGUGGCAGCCUCAUGGCCCUGCAGGAUGGCCGCAGGUGCCACGGGAUUGCUGUGAAAAUUGGCCUCGAUGGGAAUCUAUUCGUGGAGAAUGCUUUGCUCGGGAUGUACGCAAAAUGUGGGAGCUCUGGUGAUGCAGUCAAAGUGUUCGACAGGAUAUCACAUCCAAAUGAGGUCUCGAUCACUGCGAUGAUGGGCUGUAUGAUGCAGAGUGGUUCCAUCGAGGAAGCCGUAAGAUUGUUUGAGAGGAUGCAUAGGAGCGGAAUUCUCAUCGAUCCAGUUGCUGUUUCCAGCGUGUUGUGUGCUUGUGCCAGAGCUGAAGGAGAUGAGCUUGGCAUUCCUCGACAUCAUGGGUUAGUGCUUGGCCAGUUGAUACAAGCUCUUGCAGUUAAGUACGGCUUUGAAUAUGAUCUUCAUGUGGGCAAUUCUCUGAUUGAUAUGUACGCCAAGUGUGGGAACACGGAUGAAGCUGAAUUGCUUUUCAAUACAUUGCCAAAUAUCAAUGUUGUUUCUUGGAAUGUUUUGAUAGCUGGAUAUGGUCAUAAAGGUGACAGCAUAAAGGCUAUAGCCAUGUUGAAAUUGAUGCAGCAACAUGGUUUCGAACCGGAUGAAGUCACUUACAUCAGUUUGCUAGCUGCGUGUGUGAAGACAGGUGACAUUGCGGCAGCACAUGAGAUGUUUGACAAGAUAGUGGAACCUAAUGUUAGGUCGUGGAAUGCUAUACUCUCUGGCUACUGCCAAGAGGAAAGCCAUGACAGAGCAGUCGAACUAUUUAGGAAGAUGCAGUUUCAGAAUGUGCUGCCCGAUCAAACUACUUUGGCCAUUAUUCUAAGUUCUUGUUCGGCUUUGGGUCUUCUGGACUUUGGGAAGCAAGCGCAUUCUGCCUCAAUAAGAGCCAUGCUUCAUGUUGAUGUGUUUGUUGCCAGUGGACUGGUGGAUAUGUACUCAAAAUGUGGGCAUAUCAAGGUGGCAAGGCUGGUCUUCGAUAGGAUGACAGAGAGGGAUGUUGUCAGUUGGAAUGCAAUGAUAACUGGCUUUGCACAUCAUUCUCAAAACAGAGAAGCUUUUGCUGUAUUCAAGCAGAUGCGUCAAGAUGGCAUGUUCCCCACCGAAUCCUCCUAUGCAAGCGUGAUAUGCUCAUGCGCUAGACUGUCGUCAUUGCCUCAGGGAAGACAGAUACAUGCCCAAACUGCUAAAGAUGGUUAUGAGUUCCGUGUUUAUGUCGGGAGUGCUUUGAUUGAUAUGUAUGCUAAAUGUGGUAAUGUAGAUGAAGCACGCAGGUUUUUCGAUACCAUGCCAACCAAGAAUGUUGUUUCAUGGAAUGAGAUGAUACAUGGAUAUGCCCAAAAUGGCUAUGGCAAGAGAGCUGUGGAACUCUUUGAACACAUGCUGAGAACAGAUGAGAAACCAAAUAGUGUGACCUUCAUAGCUGUUCUUGCUGCAUGUAGUCAUGCUGGGAUGGUUGACAAGGGAUUUAAAAUCCUCGAUACAAUGGAAAAGGACCAUGGAAUCCAGCCACUUGCUGUUCAUUACACUUGUGUGAUUGAUUCUCUUGGUCGUGCUGGUCGCCUUGUGGAAGCUGAAGCCUUAGUAGACAAGAUGCCAUGCGUAGAUGAUCCUGUCCUGUGGGAGGUAUUGCUUAGCGCAUGUGCUGUUCAUGGAAAUGCUACAAUUGCGAAACGUGCCGCAGAGAAGCUUUUCCUGCUUGACCCCCUAAGCUCGGCACCAUACGUUCUUCUGUCCAAUAUAUAUGCUUCCCUAGGUAGAUGGGAUGAUGCAUCUGCUGUUAGGGCAUUGAUGAAUGGUCGAGGGGUGGCGAAGGAUCGUGGUUACAGCUGGAUAGACAAUAAGAAUGGUGUUCGUGCGUUCAUGGUAGACGAUGAUCUAUGGAUGGUCAAUGCUGAGGAACAAGCAUCGGUUCAUGGUGCAAAUUGAUGUGAAACUGAAGUUUCUUACUGUGACUUCAGCAUUUAAACUGAAGUUGUAGUCUGCAUGUUGAAAUUUGGUUUCUGAAGGAAUUGCGAUCUCUUCCAGCAGCGGCAUUGCGAUUUCAUCUUGAGCUGAGAUUCCACAAGCAGGCUUGGGAUUCUGAUCCUUGGAGAAGCGGAGUUGCUCAACUUGCAUAGAUGCCUACAUUUUGAAUGGAGAAACUUCUUUCAAGCAUCUGAUGAGCAGCAAAUUGUGAGAUGAACACUGGAUUUCCAAGGCCUUCUGCAACACAAGGAGCAUGAAUUGGUUUUCUAGCAUGAGAUGUUAUAUGUGGAUGUCCCUCUCUCGAUCCAUUGGAGGAACUCUUCCCAGCAUCGACUGCGUUUCUCAGUGGCAAUGAUUUGGAGGAACUCAAGCAAGAAAGGGACAUCGAUGGACAUCAUCCAUGCCAAAAGUCUUCCCCAUUGAACUUGAGGUACCUGCACGUGAUCCAGGUAUUGACAUCAGACUUUCUGGUUAUUAGAUGACUUCUGAUCUCGAAGUUGAAGCUCAAGCUUGAUGAAUAUGUUGACGUCGUGUUGGAAUGUAGCACCUGGUAGCUGGCUUUGCAUUCAUUUGGCUGCAGCUAGCUUGUGCCAUUCCAUAUCGUGAAGCUCUUCUCGUCGAUGGUGACGAUUUGAGGAAUUCAAGCUUACGAGGACUCUCUGCAUCCCUUUGUUCGCCGUCCUCUGGUCCGGCGCACCAUUUCAUCAAACAUCUCAUCUGCAAAUAUGUUUAUCGCGCUCCUAUGUCUGGCCUACGUGUCCCGUGAAAGGUGCUCCAUCGACGACAGUGGGCCACGUCAGCCAUGGUUCUUCUCAUGGUUUUGAUACCGCCGUGUCACCGGCCUAAUCAGUGGCGUUUUCCGAAUCUUGAGACUGAGAAACCCUGCGUUGAUCUUAAAGUUCUCGUACACCAACGUAAAAAAAAUAAAUAAAAAAAGAAAGAAAACAAAUGGAAGGAGGAGGAGGAGAUAGAAGAGAUCCGGAAGGCACUCUCUUUUAUUUGAGUCGGUUUCCUGCACCCCAAGCCAUCUCCUCUCCUCUCUCUCUCUCUCUGUCUCUCUCUCCCCUUGCUUUCGUCUCACAUCUCUCUUCCUUAUCGUUCUUCCUCUUCUUCGAGGGCCAAUUCAAGGCAUCAAUCCAGCUACACAUACUAAAGCAGGAGUCCCUGUAGCCCCUUCCCCUUUGGGAUCCGAGGCUUUGGGACCGAACUGAUCGCGCUGCAGAGCCCGGUCGGUGCUCGAUUUGGGGCGAUCAGCCAUCGGUCUUGGAUCCACCAGACCUUGGGGGUUCCUUUUGAUCGAUUUGGAGAUUAUCAAGGACUAGUGCAUUUACCUGCUUGGUAUUGGAUAUAAUUUGUUGCAUCUCAUUGGGGGAGAUCCUUUGUUGGUUUAUAGAUUAUCAAGGAUAAGUGCAUUUACCUGCUUAAGAUUGGAUAGAAUUAGUUGCAUCUCAUUGGGGGGAAUUAACCAAAUAUCAAUUCU